UUCAAGGUAGCCGUCAUUGUAAAUUUUUAGAUUAUUUUUAUGAUUUUAUCCAAUUUUCCUUUUAAAUAUUACGAAAUUAUAGUUUAUUAUUAAUCCAGGAAUCUAAUAUUGAGAAUAUAUUGCAUUUUACGAUGAGUACGAAAAUCAUCAAAGCUGGUGCCGCGGAGGCCGAUCCGUUCGAGACAUCGAUUUCGCAGGCGCUGGUCGAGUUGGAAACCAACUCUGACCUCAAAGCCCAACUGAGGGAGCUUUACAUUACUAAAGCUAAAGAAAUUGAACUACACAACAAAAAGUCAAUCAUCAUCUAUGUGCCGAUGCCCAAACUGAAGGCCUUCCAAAAGAUCCAGAUCCGACUGGUGAGAGAAUUGGAAAAGAAGUUCAGCGGCAAACACGUUGUGUUCAUUGGAGACCGCAAGAUUCUCCCCAAGCCUAGCCACAAAACUCGCGUAGCUAACAAACAGAAGAGGCCACGAUCCAGGACGCUGACAUCAGUAUAUGAUGCCAUCCUAGAGGACUUAGUAUUCCCCGCAGAGAUCGUGGGCAAGCGCAUCCGGAUCAAGUUGGACGGCUCACAGCUCAUCAAAGUGCACCUUGACAAAAACCAGCAGACCACCAUCGAACACAAGGUGGAUACGUUCCAGUCCGUGUACAAGAAGCUAACGGGUCGCGAAGUCACCUUCGAGUUCCCCGAACCCUACUUGUAAAUUAGACUAUGACUUUACAAUAAAAUUAAAACCUUA